CCUGUUUUUCACUGGGUUAAAGGUUUCUAAGUAACCCGAACCGGUUCAACAGUAUCUUUUUUCUCAGCCCUCUCGGAAAUAACAAAAUGGCAGGACCUGGAAAAUGCUUCCUCGUGACCGGUCCUCCGGGAGUAGGCAAAAGCACUCUGAUAAUGAGAGUUUUCGAAAGCCUCAAAGUCUCAAACCCCAGCUUAAAGGUUCAAGGUUUCUACACUCGAGAAAUUAGACAAGGAAGCGAAAGAGUUGGAUUCGAAGUUGUUACAUUAGAUGGUCGUACAGGACCACUUGCCUCCACCAUUGUUUCAAGCUCAGAAUCACACAAAUGGCCAACUGUCGGGAAAUACAUGGUUGAUGUAGCAUCAUUUGAGUCACUGGCAUUGCCAGAAUUGCAGGUCAGGGGAGAUACUGAUCUCUUUGUCAUCGAUGAAGUUGGUAAAAUGGAAUUGUUUAGUUCAUCAUUCUUCCCUGCUGUUCUAAAGGUUUUGAAAUCAAAUAUACCUCUUCUUGCUUCCAUUCCAAUUCCAAAAUCUGGACGUGAUAUACCUGCAGUUGCAAGGUUGAAGAAUCAUCCGGGGGCAACCAUUUUUACACUCAGCCAAAGUAACAGGGAUGCUAUGAGAGAAAAUGUAUAUUACCAGUUAGUAGAUGUACUAUCUAAGCAUUAAAAUACUUCAAAACGAGCCCUACUUUUUUCAUGUUAUAGUUAAUGUGAGGUUUUAAAUUUUUAGAUGUAAAUGCUCUUGUUCAUUCAGAAUUGAUGACAUUAAGAUGCAUUUUGUUCUCGAA